CAGAAUCAACCUACCUGAAGCACCUUGCUGUCAAGCCUCCCACAGAUGGGAUUAAAGACAAGACUUUGCCUUCUUCUUCAAGCAGUGAUUUGGAUUUGGAUAAUCCAGACAAAUAUUGCAAGCUCUGUCCUGCUUCUUUUAAUAGUCCAUUAAUGGCCCAACAACAUUAUGUUGGGAAAAAACACACAAGAAACGAAGCUAGGAAGAUGUUUUUAGACAAGAUAAGAGAAAAACCUUUUCCAGCAAAAUCAAACACAAAUGAUAUGUUCCGGUCCCACAUGCAAGGAAGUGAACAUCAGAUUAAAGGAUCCCUUGAUGCCAAUCUAGUGACAAAUUCAAAGAAAAUGAAAGACUCUUACCAAGAUGAACAUGCAGAUUACAUCAAAGUAAAGAAAGUCAGAGGACUAGAGCCAAAGAUUGGUUUCAGAAAGAUGGAAGAAACUUCUUUGGAGACCCAUGGAUACAGAGACGUGGUUAAUUCCAGAUCUAGACACAGAAUGUUUGAACAAAGACGACCAUUUGAGACUUUCCAAACAUACCGAGGACCAUACAAUAAUUCACAGGCAGUAGAAAACCACUUAACUCAUUGCUUACCAGCUCAGUCAAAGAAGACAUAUAACUCAUUCCAAGAUGAACUUGAGGAUUACAUCAAAGUGCAGAAAGCCAGAGGACUAGAUCCAAAGACUUGUUUCAGAAAUAUGAGAGAGAACUCUAUGGAAACCCAUGGAUACAGAGAUAUGGUUGAUUCUGGAUCCAGACGAAGAACAAGUGAACAAAGAUACUCAUUUGAGACUUCUCAGAUCUACCAACGACCAUACAAUAUUUCACCAAUGGAAAACAAGUUACCUCAUUGGUUACCAGAUCAUUCAAAAAAGAUAUGUUACUCUUUCCAAGAUGAACUUGAAGAUUACAUUAAAGUACAGAAAGCCAGAGGACUUGAUCCAAAGACUUGUUUCAGAAAGAUGAGAGAGAAUUCUAUGGAAACUCGUGGAUACAGAGAAAUGGUUGAUAACAGAUCCAUACAUAGAAGUUUUGAACAAAAACUCCCAUCUGAGACUUUGUGGACUUAUACAGAAACAGGCAAUAUUUCACAGGCAGUGGAAAACCAGUUACCUCAUUGCUUACCAACUGACAGCAAACAGAAAGCAGAUUCUAUGAACUACUGUCAACUCACCAGAGACUAUUUUCCAGAAAAAACAGUACCCUUGAGCCUUAGUCAGCAAGAAAAUAACUCUGACUCACACAGUGUAGAAUCUGAAAUUUUUAAGCACUUCUCUUUAGAAAACAAUACCAGUGACCAUGAAGCAAGUCAUAAACGGAGACAUCAGAAGAGAAGGCGACACCUAGAAGAAGGUGAAGAACGGCCAGAAAAGGAGCAGUCCAAGCAUAAAAGGAAAAGGGGUUGUGGGGAUACAUAUUUAGACAAAGACAAGGGUGACAGACAAAAGAAAAGAGAGGGGGAUAAAGUCAGGGUCAGCUCAGGAAAGCUUAAGCAUCGAAGAAAGAAAAAAAGCCAUGAUGUGCCCUCUGAGAAAGAAGAGCGUAAGCACAAGAAAGAGAAAAAGAAAUCUGUUAAAGAAAGGACAGAAGAGGAAAUGCUUUGGGAUGAGUCUAUUCUUGGAUUUUGAACUUUUAGUUCUGUUUAACCAAGGAUGAAUUGAAGAAAAUAGUUAAGAAUAUAGAUGUAGAUAAAGACAGAGAAUUCAUAGAGACAGAGGUGAAUACAGCUGAAGAAAACACAGAAGAGUCAGUGUUCAGGGAUGAGUCUACUUUGGGAUUUUGAACUUUCAUUUUUGUUGACUCAAAGACAGAUUUGAAAACAUCAGUUAGGAAAAUGCAUUUAGACAAAAGCAAGCAUCAGGUAAAAAAGAAAAGAGAGGCAGAUAUAGUGUCAGUUCAGGAAAACUUUUUUUUUAAUUUGAAAUUUAAUUGAAAGAAGAAACAAAAAUGCUGAAACCUAGCUCAGAAACAAUGACAUAAGAACACAAGAACUAAGAGGAACAAAAUGUAUAGAAGAAAAAACAGAAGAGUCGAUGCUUUGGCAUACUUUACUCUUGGAUUUUGAAAUUUUUAAUUUCAUUCUUUUAAUGUUAAUCAGGUUGAGGAGUUUGACUCCAUGAAAUACAUGUUAUUUGAAUAUUUCUAGAUAGAUAGUUACUUUAAUGUCUAACAAAAAUCAAGUGAAGUAAAAGUAUUCAAUAUGCCUUUUCCUCAAAUUACUUGACCCCAUUUUCUAAAUAAAUUUUUAAAAAUUACUACAUGUUUCUUACAUAUAAUGUAAUUUCCCUAAAUGAUAUUGUCUCUAUUUCUGUUCAUAGAAAGUACUGUGAUAGUGAAUUAUGUACAAACAAGAGAUAUUUUAUUUUAAAUGAGAGAAUGAC